AUGAAGUUCUCCCUCUUUGCUCUAGCAGCAACUGCUGCAACCACCGUCUCCGCAGGCCGCGUCGGCAAAGCGACCUUCUUCUGGCAGAACGGCAACUAUGGGUAUUGCGGCGCCGUGAACCCUGACUCUGCCUACCUCAUCGCCGCCUCCCCCCACGCGGGCCUCACCUGCGGCCACACGGUGCAAAUCACCAAUGUCGGGGGCGGGAUCAACAACCUCGGUGUGGGCAACUCUAUUACUGCGACGGUGGUUGAUAGAUGUCCGCCGGAGGAGUGCCAUCCUAAUCAUUUGGACCUGAGUGUUGGUGCGUUCCAGACGCUGACGAACGGGCAGCUGGAUCCACCGGGGAGUGUUGAGAUUGAGUGGCAGGUUUUGGGGGGUGGUGGGAGAGGGAUUUAUUGA